CAAAUCUUGACGACUUUCCCCUUCCUUGCAGCUCACAGUAACCUUUCUACAGGCAACGUAUGACCGCACGUCAUGUCGGCCCUCGAUGAGUUUGAGAACACCCUGAAAGAUGUCGUGAAUGCAAAGCGACUUUCAGCGUCGAAAAUGACCAAACUGACCGAGAUCGCUAUGAAAACUCUCAAGGAUGAUGCCAAGCUCGUUGCCAUACUCUAUAGGACCCAUAAGUCGCUACCUGAUUCUGCCAAAGUUUCUAGCUUGUAUGCGUUCGAUGCCUUGGCCCGUGCUGCUAGAAGCUCGGUAACCAAACAUGGUUUAACGGCUGAUCCCAAUGCGGGAAAAGGUAACGCUGCGACAUUCCUCCUAAAGAUGGAGGGUGUCUUGGAAGGCCUCUUCCGAGACAUGAUUGCGAUAAACAAUGCCGAAGUCAAGGAAAAAACGAAGAAAGUUCUAGACAUAUGGAUCAAAUCAAAUACAUUUCCAUCGACCAUACUGACGCGAUUGAGGGAUAUGUUAACGGACGUGUCAAAAGAGUCCGCCGUAAACUCAACCUCGCCCGCUCCACAAAUUGCUGUCGAAGCGCUCGGACAGUCCACGACCCCAGCUUCGUCCCUCUCCACACCGGCUACAUUGAAUUCUAACGUUCAGGCAACAUUGCUCUCAUUACUCGGCCAAGCUGCCCAAGCCACUGCCCAAAGCCCUGCCAACAGCCAAACCUCUCAAAAUGACGCACCACCGCAACUCGGACAAGCGCAGCUCGCGUUGUUGCAACAAUUAGCUUUGACUGCCAAGCUUGGAGGUGUCGCACAGUCGCAGCCUGCGGUAUCCGUCGUCGGGGCCCCGAAACUCAAUGGACAAGGAAGCAUACCGCCAAACAUGGUGUCAGACACCUUCCAUUCCCCUUCUCUACCACCCUUAGGUUCACACCUUCGUCCUGGUUCAAACCAUGGAGACCCGCGGCACGGUGGAUCUGGUUAUUCCGAGCGCCUGAAAGAUCGGAACGAAUAUUUUGAUGACCGUCAUUCUCACCGUGGUAGUUAUCGUGGUGGCUAUCGUGGUCGUCGGGAUAGAUGGGAAGACCGCAGCCGUGAUCCCUUCAAACAGAGAGACAGAGACAGGGAUCCAUCGUCACGACCUAGAAAUAGUCGCUCACGCAGUCCACGCAGAUCUGAACGGCGCGACGGUGGCCGCCAGCACAGUCCACCUCGUCGCCAUGUGAGCGGUAAAGACCAAUAUCAUGCUGAACCUCCUAGUUCGGCUGCACCUGAAGGAGGUAAAGACGAAUUUGGACGAGAUCUCAGGCCGUCUUCGGCCUCUCCCCCUAGAUCUGUGUCAGUCGAUGACGCGACAACCCGAGAUCCAAUGGUUCCAUCUGUAGAUCCUGCAUCGGCAGCUGCUCCAGAUUGUCGUAUACCUGUAUCAGACCAGUUACCUUCGGUAGCUGCGAAUACACCUGCGCAGAGUACUGAGACGCAUGCCUCGAGUUCAGCGGCGUCAAAGGAGGAGCAACAAGGUCUUGAUCAAUUUGAUAUCACAACUUUUGAUGUUACCGCUGCCUCGUCGUGGGAAGCACUAGGAAACAUGUGGAAAACUACUCGUGGCUACCUCCCAUCACAAGAAGAGCUCAUGCAGUUUGUCUUGGCUAGUGGUAUGGGUAUGGCUAGCACUGCUGCAAAUAGUCACCACGACGACUCCCAAGGAGGCCAGUGGGGAGCCGGGUGGGCUGGUCAGGGAACGAGAGGAAGCGGAGGGUGGCGAGCAAGGGGACGGGGCUACAUGAAUGGCGGACGAGGCGGCUACACUGGUCACGGGAACUACCGAGACGCGGGGCAACACUCGAAUGCAGGUCAAUCUCAAUACUCAGAUGCCGUUGUCCUCGGCGACAACGUCAGCACCAUGGAAUUCGAGGUGGACCAACACUCGAUUCCAGGAGAACAAUCUGAUGUACACGAUAACGAAUCGAAAUCAGGGGACACAGAAGCGCGCGGGGCGGGUCGGAUGCAACGUGUUGGGGAUAAGUGGGUGUUUGUGAGAGAAGCUGGACCUUGAUCUCCGUCAGUAUAGCAUAAUACACUUCUACCCUAUAUUGCAAUAUUAGGCUUGUGUUUCUUCUUAGCAUUUUAUAUAUGUUGCUCUGAGCGUUGUCCCAACUAGUCAGAAAUACACUUGGAUAAGUGAACUAU